AUGGCUAGCUCUCAAGGCAAGUGGAUGGCCUCCUCCGUCACGGAGGAGAACAUCAAGGAGCUGCGGGAGGCGCGCCGAUCCACUACUAAUGAGGAUGCUAGUCCCGGCGCCAUACCAGGCGCCGGUAAAGAAGGGCAAGAAGAAGAAGAGAGGGAGGGCGCUUCGGACGAAGUGUCCGGAGAAGCUGAUGCCCAGUCCUCCCAGGAGGGCGACGACGAUGACGAUGAGGAAGAGGAAGAGGAAGAGCUUCCCCGCAAGCGCAAGAAGAGGGCGGCCUACGAAGACCUGGAGGCCGAAGCGUCUAAAAGGGACAAGAUUACCCUCUCCGACGACUCGGAGUUAGACGCAGAAGCCAUCCCGAAGCACCAUCACCGGGCCAAGCCCCAUCCCGACUCCCCGGCCCACGAUUUCCCCCAGCCAUCCUCAUCCUCGGGGGAUCUGCCAUCGGAGAUGAUGGAGAAUAGUGCCGCCGCGAUCGAAACCCUCAGGGGUGAGCUUGCCCAAGCCAAGGAGCAAGCUAGGGUAAGCAAGGCGGCCGCUGAUAAAGCGGCGACAGACUUGACGGCCGAACAGGCCGUCCGGCACCGUUUUGAAGAACGGGUGACCGAGGUGGAGCAGAAGCUCAAGGACAUCGCCCGCAAGUGCGAGUCCUUAGAAGAGGAAAAUAAGGCGGAGGGGAUCAAACUCGCCAAGGCCCUUCAAGAUGCCAAGGAGGCGCGGUCUGAAUCCCGUGCAGCGCGCGAGGAAAUCCGUCAAGCCAGACAGAUAGCGGCUGAGAGUACCAUAGUUACCAAGGCCAUUUUACCUGCCAGGGGUCUAAGGCUAAGGGAGAAAGCUCUAUACAGGUUCUUGAGUGAAGUUGUAGUAUACAAAAAUCCUUUGUACUUCCCUGCCGUACGUCUGCGCCGCUUUCGCCUGAGCGAGAAAGGUUCCUUGAAAGGAAUGGACUUCGACUAUCUGUACAAAACCGGGCUCGGAGAAGGUCCUUCUGAAGAAAAAUGGAAAUUUGGGAAAGCCAGGACGGUGAAGAAAGCUCAGUACAAGAAAGAGUGCUUUCUGAAGCAAAAUGUUCUGAAGCUAUCACCUGAUGAACUUGUUGCUCUGCAAUCAGAAAUCAAGAAACUCGGUGAUGAAUUUGAUGCAUACCGUGCAGAAUGGCUGGGAGCCAAAGUCAGAUUCGUCAGGAUGACGAAGGGAUUUACAUCCAAUGUUGCUGCUCCAACGCACAUUGAAAUUCCUCACGCUGAAGCAUCUACCCAGCCUACUGAAGAACAUGCCAACACCGCUGAUGAUGAUCAGGUUGCUGAUGAAAAUGAGAGUACCAGGGUUGAUGAAGCUAUUCCAGCCGCGGAUGAAAUUGCCAGGGCAACCACUAGUGUUGCGCCUGAGGAUCAAGCAAAGCCAGCUGAAGCAUCUGCUGCUGUGCCUGAAGACACUGAACAAGCCAGGGCAACUGCAUCAGUUGCACCUGAGCAAACUGCACCAAUUUCCUCUGCUCCUCCCGCACCAACACCAAGUCCUAUUCUUCCUUCUGCAUCAGAAGCAAAAACAAAGGCCGCGGAGCGAGCAGCUGUGAAGAAAAGGAAAGCAUCUGCCACCUCAGAGUCCUCUGUACCAAAGAAAAUGAAGACUUUGACGAGCUCUUAUGACAAUACUAUAGAUGUUGUUCCUGUUUCAAGCAUGCCAUCAAAAGAGAUAGUUCCCUUUGGUGAGGAUUAUCAAAUCCCAAGUGGAUCAGAUGAAGAAGCUCCUUCUACUGCUUCGUUAGAGUAG